AUGGCUACUAGUACGAAUACAAAUCCUGAAAACGUGCUCAACACACAGAAUACCAAUAUAAAUGACAGUGAUAAAAAGAGAAACGAAGAUGAAGACGCAAAAAAUUUAGGAUUUUCAUCCAAUAUUAAUACUCAAGAAGAUGAUGGUACAACAACAAAAGAAAAUUUCAAUGAUUUAACGAGAAUCGAAAAAAUCGAAACAUCAUCAUCCGAACAAUCAAUUGCUUUCAAUGAUCCAGUAAAAGUAACAAUAACAUUAGUACAAGCUACCAGUGAAGAUAAGGUACAGGAACAAAACCUUUUAUCAUCAUCGUCAACAACAUCAACAACAAUAACAACAACAACACAACAGGUCAGCGAUUUAACAGAACUUGCUAACGUCGGAACAUCAACAUCAGAACAAUCAAUUACUAUUAAUGAUCCAGUGAAAGUAACAAUUACAGUAGUGCAAGAUACAAAUGAAGAUAAGACAUCAAAACGUACACCGUCGUCACCAACAUUAUCUACAACAAAACCAGUGACAGAUAAAACUGAUAACUUGACAAAAACAGAAAAAAUAGAAACAAUACUAUCAGAACCAUUUAUAGAAGUUUCCGAUCCGAUAACAAUAUCCAAAUUUGAAAGUCCUACUAAUGAGUAUGAAACAGCCGGACAACUACCUUCAUCAUCAACAACAACGACUACUUCUACAGAGAAGAAAGAGAAGUCAACACCUGUAUUUCAUUUGUCCUCUCAACCUACUGACGAGGACAUUAUAGUAAAAGAGACAAUAACCACAACAACGGUUAUUGAACCAUCGGAAACACAAACAGUAGCCUACACUUCGCCUGAAAUAAAGGAAGAAGCACCUGUAUUUCAUUUGUCCUCUCAACCUACUGACGAGGACAUUAUAGUAAAAGAGAUAAUAACCACAACAACGGUAAUUGAACCAUCGGAAACACAAACAGUAGCUUACACUUCGCCUGAAAUAAAGGAAGAAGCACCUGCUUUAACUUCUUCCAUAGUACCUAAACAUGACACUAAGAAACCAGAAGAAAUAGCAACAACUGUUACUUCUAUCGAAGACAAAAAGAAUUCAGAACCUACUCUACUUUCCGCUGCUCCAGGUGUUGAACAAAAUAAAGAAACUGGAGAGAUUAUAACUACAACAACAAUCACUGAUACCAUUACAGAAGACAAGAAUGAAUCAGUCUCUAAACCAACUUCUUCUGCUGCAACUAAUGAUGAUGACAAGAAGAAAACGACAACAAUACCAGCUGUUAGUUCCCGUGAAGAAAUAAAAGAAGCACUUACAUCAUCUCCGAUAGUUCCAUCUACUAGUGGUGAUAAAAAACUGGAAGAAACUAGAACAAUUGUUUCCUCUAGUGAAGAAGACAAAGAAUCGCAACCUGUAUUAGGUACUUCCACACCAAGUUUUGGAGAGAACAUCAAAUCCGAAGAAGCUCGAACUACGGUAGAGAAUCCUAUUUCAACUACUAAUGACAAUACGAAGAAACAAGUAUCAACAUCUUUGAAUAACUUUCCUAUAGUGAAAGGUAACGCGCAAAAUCUGACCGAUUUCCAACGAAAAAAGGCUGAAUACUUCUUCAAUGUCAAUCUUGACACUCAAAACAAGAAGUUUGUGACUUGGGAAGAUGUUGAAUCUUAUUUAUUGUUUCAUGUCAGGACUGCAGGAAAAGAAGGUGCAAACGAUGGUGACUUAGAAACACAAUUAAGUCGAGCUGCACGAGCUCUUUGGGAACAUAUUCAUGAUCAAGUUCCAUUGACUGACGGAAAACGGGACCGACUAACUUUAGAUCAAUUUCUUGAUACAUGGGCCAGCCUCAUUGAUCAUAUUGUAAAAAAUGGACAAUUACCAGAUCUGGUGCAAAAUUUAGUUAAUCUUGGGUUCGAGUUAUAUUCAACAAAGGCUGGUGACGAUAAAUCACCUACAAUUCCAGCAUCUGCUUUUGAACAGCUCUUUCAGCAAAUAAAUCUUGGUCGUUCUUAUGCUCUGAUAGCAUAUAAUUUCCUUACUGAAGACAAAACCAAACCAUUGGAUGCUGAUAGAAUUACUUCUCAAUCACAACAAUUUAUUCGACCACAACAACCAGGUGGACCACAACAAUUUAUUCGACCACAACAACCAGGUGGACUGCAACAGCCAGGUGGACUGCAACAGCCAGGUGGACUACAACAACCAGGUGGACCACAACAAUUUGUUCGACCACAACAACCAGGUGCACCACAACAAUUUAUUCGACCACAACAACCAGGUGCGCUACAACAAUUUAUUCAGCCACAACAACCAGGUGCACCACAACAAUUUAUUCGGCCACAGCAACCAGGUGGACUACAACAACCAGGUGCACCACAACAAUUUAUUCAGCCACAACAACCUGGUGGACUACAACAACCAGGUGGACUACAACACCCAAGUGGACUACAACAACCAGGUGGACCACAACAAUUUAUUCGACCACAACAACCAAGUGGACUACAACAACCAGGUGGAGUACAACAACUAGGUGCACCACAACAAUUUAUUCGGCCACAACAACCAGGUGGACUACAACAGCCAGGUGGGCUACAACAACCAGGUGGACUACAACAACCAGGUGGACUACAACAGCCAGGUGGGCUACAACAACCAGGUGGACUACAACAGCCAGGUGGACUACAACAAUUUAUUCAACCACAACAGCCAGGUGGGCUACAACAACCAGGUGGGCUACAACAACCAGGUGGACUACAACAACCAGGUGGACUACAACAGCCAGGUGGGCUACAACAACCAGGUGGACUACAACAGCCAGGUGGACUACAACAAUUUAUUCAACCACAACAGCCAGGUGGACUACAACAACCAGGUGGACUACAACAGCCAGGUAGAUCACAACAACCAGGUGGACUACAACAGCCAGGUGGACUACAACAGCCAGGCGGACUACAACAACCAGGUGGACUACAACAGCCAGGUGGGCCACAACAAUUUAUUCGGCCACAACAACCAGGCGGCCUACAACAGCCAGGUGGACUACAACAACUAGGUGGGCCACAACAACCAGGUGCGCUACAACAAUUUAUUCGGCCACAACAACCAGGCGGGCUACAACAGCCAAGUGGACUACAACAACCAGGCGGACUACAACAACCAGGUGGACUACAACAACUAGGCGGACCACAACAGCUGGGAGGACUACAACAACCAGGCGGAUUACAACAGCCAGGUGGACUACAACAACCAGAUGGGUCACAACAAUUUAUUCGACCACAGCAACCAGGUGAACUACAACAUCCAAGCGGAUCACCACAGUCAGGUGGGCUAGAACAAAUAAUCGGCCCACAACAACCCACUGGAACGCAACAAUUAGGUGGACAACAACAACCAGUUGGUCCAUCAAUUGAUCUGGAACAGCCUGUGAAACUAACUCCACAACAACAAAAGGCUUUAGUUCAACAAAUGGAUAAUGAUAUCCGCAAUAUCUUACAGUAUUAUCAUUUAGACGACGGCGAUAUCGUUGAAAUAGACGACGGACCAGUACAUCGUUUAGUUCUAACUCAUCCGGAACGACCUUUACCUCUUUAUGUCCAACAAGAUAAAGACUUACUUCAACAAUUACAAAAUCCGACAAUUGCCUUACCUACCACAUCUCCAUUGAAUCAGCAGGAUGGAAUUGAUGUAGUGUCAAGCAAAUCUCAUGCUGAUGAAAACUUAUCAACGGAUGAGACUAAAUCAAAGCUCACAUUAGAAGAACGUCUAUCUCGUGGUGAAGAACAAGUAGGUCCAACAAUACCAUUGCAUCAAAUACAACAGCAAGAGAAAGAACCGUCGCCCAGUAUUCGUCAAGUGUAUCCACCAUUGAAUGAAGCUCAACAAGAAGAACAACAGAAACAAGCUGAACAAGAUGAGCAACACAAGCAAGCUCAACUUCAAGCAAAUCAAUCAGUUGAAUUAUCACAACCAUCAACAUCAUCUUCAACAGGUCAAGAAGAAAAUGAGAAAACAAAAGAUCACAAUAAAUUAGACGAAACUAAAUCAAUUAACGUGUCUGCUCCACAACAAGAUGAAGCGCAAGAGAAACCACUAGUAACUCGAGAAGAUGAAAAACAAAUUCUGGAAACUGUUCUACAAGAAUUGAGACCGUAUGCUGAACAAAUGGUUGAAGUUGAAAUACAACGAGUACUAAGUGGUCUAAAUACUGGAGAUGGUGGUAAUGAUUUUAUGUCAUAUCCAUUUAUGUUUGCCGGUAGUGCACCCGUGUUUGUUUCAUCACAUGGAGGUCCACCACCACAAAUUUUUCAACAACAACCAACAAAUAUAGUUAGGCAAACUAACUUUGGCGGAGUCCCCGGUAAUGCUGCGUUCGUUCCUCCCGAAUUACUAAUGACAAUGAUGAGUGAUUUAACACAAGGAGGUGUUCAAGAUGAAAUAUAUAAUUAUUCAUCGAAUGUACCACCUCCUUCUCAAGGUCGAGUUGGUGCUCCUGGAUAUGUUGAAGGUUUUAUCAUAGUCGACGACGAGAACCAGAUGAUGGGUGGUCAACCUCCUAAUCAACCACCACGUCGUCCACCUUUCUAUUAA